AAUUGUAUUUAUUGAGACUAAAAACAAUUUUUGACACACUUACUUUAUGUUUCUUGCAAAAUGUAAGACCACGCGCUGUUUUGUCACAUUCAUGCUCUUCCUGGGCAUGGCCAACGCCUAUGUGAUGCGCACAAAUAUGUCCGUGGCAAUUGUAGCCAUGGUCAACCAUACAGCUAUCUUCGAUGGUCAUGAGGAGCUAGUGGAUGACGAGUGCCCCGACAGGGAGUUGCCCAGUAUUAAAGAUGAUAGAGAUGGGGAGUUUGUUUGGAAUUCGAAACUGCAAGGAUUCAUUUUAUCCUCGUUCUUCUACGGCUAUGUCAUCACACAAAUCCCGUUCGGCAUUCUCGCCAAUAAAUAUGGAGCACUACGUUUCCUGGGCUGGGGCAUGUUAAUCAACUCUGUAUUCGCAUUCCUUGUGCCUGUGGCAGCGCGUAAAGGCGGCGUCUGGGGUCUGUGCAUUGUGCGUUUCAUUCAGGGAUUGGGCGAGGGUCCCAUUGUGCCCUGCACUCACGCCCUCUUGGCCAAAUGGAUUCCACCCAAUGAACGCUCUCGCAUGGGAACCGUAGUCUAUGCGGGAGCUCAGUUUGGAACAAUUAUAUCAAUGCCGUUGUCUGGAUUGCUGGCUGAAUACGGAUUCGAUGGUGGCUGGCCAUCGAUAUUCUAUGUGUUUGGAGUGGUGGGCACCAUUUGGUCCAUUGCUUUUCUGAUUAUGGUCUUCGAAGAUCCAUCGUCACACCCGCGCAUAGAUGAGAGUGAAAAGAAGUACAUCAACGACUCGUUGUGGGGCGCGGAUGUGGUGAAGAGCCCUCCCAUACCUUUCAAGGCCAUCAUAAAAUCGCUUCCUUUCUAUGCGAUUCUCUUUGCACACAUGGGUCACAACUAUGGCUAUGAAACUCUGAUGACUGAACUACCCACCUACAUGAAGCAGGUGCUGCGAUUCUCGCUCAAGUCUAAUGGUCUGCUCUCCGCUCUGCCCUAUCUCGCUAUGUGGCUGUUCUCCAUGUUUAUUUCGGUUAUUGCGGAUUGGAUGAUCACAUCGAAGCGCUUCACACACACCUCGACGCGCAAGAUCAUCAACAGCAUCGGUCAGUACGGACCUGGUCUAGCGCUCAUAGCUGCCUCCUACACGGGCUGCGAUCGCGCACUGACCCUAGCGAUACUCACAACUGGUGUGGGUCUGAAUGGCGGCAUCUACUCGGGCUUUAAGAUCAAUCAUCUGGAUCUAACUCCUCGAUUCGCUGGCUUCCUCAUGGCUAUAACAAACUGUUCGGCCAACUUGGUAGGUCUGCUGGCACCCAUUGUAGCAGGCAGCCUGAUCAACAACAAGCCAACUAUGGGUCAGUGGCAGAUUGUUUUCUUCAUAGCCGCCUUUGUGUAUAUCAUUUGCGGUACCAUCUACAACAUAUUCGGUUCCGGCGAGCGGCAAUGGUGGGACAAUCCCGAAAAUGAAGCGGCCAAGGAGAAUGCGCCCACUAUCGCUACAAAUGAGCCCAAGAAAUAAUAAGCUGAGUUUAGUACCUAACUGCUUUGUUUUAGUUAAGUUAAGCUUAAAGUGGUUAUUAACAUGGAUACCUAAAGUAAAUUAAAUUAAUAGUGUGAAAUGAUAAAAGUAAAUAAAGAAAACAUUUUAACUGUAAA